AUGGACGGAGCAGCGUUGCAGUGGGCGUUUCGUGCGCAGAAGCGCUUAGGUGUACAGGCCGGUGUCCCGGACUUUGAGGGCGUCGGGGGAUUUGAUGGCGCGCAUGUGGGUGCACGCAUGCUGCAGUAUAGUCCCAACGGCGAGCGCUUGGCCGUCGCGCUGGAAGGCAGUACGCGCAUCUACGACGUGAGCGAUACCAGUGUCCAAUUGCGUCAUGAGAUCCCUGUGCCGAAGGCGAGCGAGAUUACAUUCUCGCCGCGUGGUACGUACCUCAUGACGUGGGAGCGUCCUGUGAAGAGCGACGACGGCACGUGGAGCAAGAACUUGCGUGUGUGGGACGCGUCCACAGGGACGCUCCUCGGUGCGUUUGAGCGGCGCCAAAUUGAUGGCUGGGCCUUCCAGUUCACCGACAAGGAAGACUACUGCGUUCGACAGACGGCGCGUGAGCUGCAAGUGUUCCAGCCUACCGCCUUUGCGCAGGGUGCGGUGGGCCGGUUGCAGGCGGAGAAUAUGCAGUCGUUUGACCUCGGUCCCGGCGGGCAGCCGUCGCUGGCCGUCUUUUUCCCGGAAAAGCAAGGCAUGCCUGCGUUCGUGCGUGUGUACGCGCUUACGUCGCUCCUCGGCGUGCAGGACGGCACUAGCGUGACGCCUGCUGCACAAAAAUCGUUCUUCAAGGCGGACAAGGUGACGAUGAAGUGGAACAAGGCUGGCUCCUCGCUUCUCCUCAUGACGUCGACGGACCAUGACCAAACAGGCAAAUCGUACUAUGGCGAGACAAAUCUGUAUAUGCUCUCGGCACGUGGCGACUUUGACUGCCGUGUGGGUCUCGACAAGGAAGGACCGAUCCAUGACUUUGCGUGGAAUCCCAACAGCCGAGAAUUCAUCGUGAUUUACGGCUACAUGCCGGCCAAGGCCGUGGUGUUCUCCUACCGCGUGAAUGUCAUUGCUGAGCUGGGUACGCAGCCGCGCAACUUUAUUGCGUACAACCCGCAAGGCCGAUUGUUCUGCUUGGGCGGCUUUGGCAACCUCACAGGCACGGUGGAUGUGUGGGAUCGCGAGCGUCUGCAGGACGGCAAGCUGUUUACGAUCGACGCGAGCAACAGCACCGUGCUCGAAUGGAGUCCCGACGGUCAGUUCUUGCUUUCUGGCACACUCUCGCCUCGUCUGCGUGUGGAAAAUGGCGUGCGCAUCUGGCACUGCACAGGCGCGCUGGUGCAUGUGGAUAUGGUCGACGAAAUGUACCAAGCGCAAUGGCGUCCUCGCCACCUGAUCGAGCCGCCGGCGUUCCCCGCUACGAUGCCUACAGCGCCGACGCCAUCGGCGGCCGCCGCAGCGCUGGCUGCGAAGAAGCAGGUCGCAGCUACAAAGCCCGUCGGUGCCUACAGGCCGCCGAGCGCUCGUAUGGCCGGCACCUCGACGUCCGACUACUUGCGUCGCGACGUGGACGACAAAGCGCCCAAGCAGGCGUAUGUGCCCCCUGGCGCGGCAGCGCGGGCGGGCGGCAAGGGCCGGAAAAUUCCUGGGGCGCCGGAAAAGACAGGCGCUAAGAAUGCCAAGGGCAAGGCGGCGGCCGCGGCACCCAAGCCGGUGAUGGGCGCCGCGGAUGUCGGUGCAAACAGCUCCGAGGCGGGUGCCGUGGAAAAGAAGCUGCGCAACCUGACGAAGAAACUCAAGGCGAUCGAGCAGCUGAAAGAACGCCGGGAUCGCGGCGAGACACUCGAGCAGACGCAGCUCCAGAAAAUCGACACGGAGGCGGACAUUCGCAAGGAGCUCGCGUCGUUGCAGUAA